CGCUCUCAUGGACCCCAGAGGGUCACAUGGCAUUUGAGACAGUUAAAAUGUUGCUGCAGCAGGCUCCGGCCUUGGCUCUCCCAGACUACGAGAAAACAUUUUUGUUGUAUGUUUCUUGUCGACAGGAGCAUGCGUGUGGUGUGUUGGCACAGAUGACUGGAGUUGGAACACAUGCUCAGCCCAUAGCGUAUUAUUCUGUGUCUUUAAACCCUGUGGAGCUGGGUCUGCCAACCUGUUAUCGGCACCUAGCUGCUGCUUAUUUGAUAUAUGAGAAAGCCUCAGCUUUGAGCAUGGGCUAUCCCAUUGAAAUUUUGUCUCACCACAAGCUUGUCAAUUUGAUUGAAAGAGGCAAAUUUGUGCUAACUGCACCACGCCUCAGUGAUUAUCACAGACUCCUUGAAUAUCUAGAUGUGACAAUACGUGUCUGCAAGGUAAAAAAUCCAGCCAAUGCCAUUCCGCUGCCCAAUGAGGGGGAAGAGCAUGAAUGCGUAGCGGAAGCUGAGAGGUAUGCUAAGCUACGCUCUGACCUGAGUGCCACUCCUUUAGACCGAGUAGACAUGAGUUUGUUUGUGGAUGGAUCUUGCUAUAGGCAGGGUUCGGAGCUUAAAGCAGGGUUUGCAGUAGUGCAGGAGAAAGAUGGAAACAUGGAGGUAAUGACCGCUCAGGAGUGCACUCAGCCUUGUUCUGCGCAACUUGCAGAGCUGAAAGCUUUGACAGCUGCUUGUAAUUUUGCAGCAGGCAAGCGAGCCAACAUAUACACAGACUCAGCAUUUGCGCAUGGUGUGUGUCACUUGUUUGGAGCAGCCUGGAAAGGCAGAGGUUUUAAGAAGACUGAUGGGUCUCCAGUGACACAUGGUGAGCAAAUAAGGCAAUUGCUGUUAGCAAUGAUGAAGCCAGCAGCUCUGGCCAUCAUUAAGUGUACAGCUCAUAAACGAGACGAUUCACUAAUCACACAAGGAAAUGCUGCUGCAGACAGAGCAACGAAGACUGCAGCUAAUGCUGAAGCUACAGCUCUUCUAGUAGUUCAUGCAAUUGAUAAUGAAGAUCAAAUAACAUUUAAAGACUUGUGUUUAUUACAAGAAGAGGUGUCAGAUGCUGAACGGCAGCUCUGGGUUGAGAGAGGGGCUGCAAGAGGAGCAGACGGAUUGUGGAGAAAUCACGAGGGACUGCUAAUAGCCCCUAGUGGACUGUUGUCCCUGCUAAUACAUGAAGCUCAUGGUUUGAGCCACGAAUCCAGAGGUGAAGUAGUAAGGCGGAUCAAAGAGUGGAACUUCUGGGCUCCCAAGCUUUAUCAGUAUGUUGACGAGACGCUAAGCAGAUGUGAAACCUGCCUUAAAUGUAACAUCAGGCAGGGAACGGUGCCCCCAGAGGGACACCUGCCAAUUCCUGAUGGUCCGUUCAAACAUCUAACCUUAGACUUUGUCGAUAUGAUACAUCCAGUGUAAGGUAAACGCUACCUCCUGGUUGUAAUUUAUUGAUUUAGCCGAUGGGUGGAGGCCACACCUUCAAAACAUAAAACAGCUGACACAGUGGCAAAAUUUUGUGUCGAGAAGUUAUUCCAAGAUUUGGCAAUCCUUUAAAAAUCAGUUCAGAAAACGGAAAAGAAUUUGUAGACAAAACAGUGAAAUGUGUUUUGCAGAAACUAGGAAUAAAGCAGAGGUAUGGCAGUGUUUACUGUCCCAACUCACAGUCGGACGUUGAGAGGUGCAAUGGGAUUCUGAAAAACAAACUGCUGAAGAUCUGUAUGUCUACCGGUCUGAACUGGAUAGACGCUUUACCGCUUGCUCUCAUGGCUUGCAGAGCAAGUGCUCACUGAACACUAAAACUAACACCGCAUGAGGUUUUGCUUGGUUGACCAAUGCCUGUGCCAGCCUAUUGAGCCGUAAAAGGUCCAUCGCUGUACAUUUUGACAAAUGACAUGAAAUCUUAUGUGAAACAAAUGACAAAUAUCCACAGGAGUAUUUCCUCCCGUGUUGUUUCGUUACAGGCAAAGGAGACGCAGGACGAUCCGGAGCCUAAAGUGAAGCCAGGUGACCUGGUGUACGUCAAGGUGUUCAGAAGAAAGUGGGACCACGCCCGACGAGAAGGUCCCUAUACGGUGGUCCGAACAACAUCAAGAGCUGUACAAGUUGAAGGCUCUCCUACCUGGUAUCAUUUAAACCACUGUGUUAAAGCACCAGAGGGGGAAACAGGGUCAGUGACCAAAAAAGAGGAGGAUGACUGGUCCGGAGAAGAAAAAGACAGUGAUCCUGGUCCUCCUGCUGCUGGUGGGGACACUUGGGGUGGUGCAGCAAUGCCUCAGACCACCCGUGUCCUCCGAAGCAGGGGAACAGUUAAGACUUAGGAGAGACGCAAACGGGUCAGUAGGGGCCAAGAGUAACGUAGGCAGACGUAGAGGGCCUGUAGGGAAAAAAUGGCCUAGGGUUAAUGUGUGGACCUCUAAUGACCCUGGGUGGAGUUAUGGUGUGUGGACCACCUGGAGUGCCCAGAUGUCAAUCAUAGAGUGGGACUCGACUGCAGACACAAUGACCAUUUAUGUGUCUGUGGAUCAGGAGUCCCAGGAGCGGUUGUGUGGGAUAGAGUGGAUGGGCCAGCGCAUGUAUGAGUUCCUUACUUCCUGGGGGAAAGACAGGUGUUCCAUCAGAGUGAGAGAGGGAGAGACAGAGUCAGGAAAAGUAUGGGACAUUAGAGUAGGUUUUCGGCUAGGGAAACCUGAGGGUCCUAGAGUCAUCUGGUCUAAGAAUAAAGGAGGGAGUGCAUACUGCGAGGUUGCAGCCCUACAGCCCCCACCAGGAAACAUCGUUGAAGAUGAGGUUCAGACUCAGCGGCCUGCCGGAUCAAUGCCAAACAGUGGCUCAGGCCUGUCAGGAUGGAUGCAGCAAGCUGUGUCAGGAUGGACUGAUGGGUUGAUCACAAAAUUACAAGGAUUUUUGUCGGAACAAGAUGAGGAGGAAGACGAGGAACAGGGUGAGAAUAUUCUAGUGGAUGUGCGUCUGCAGAAUAGCUGGUACAGAUGGGUUCAGUUUGCGGGGUUGGCUAAUGGGAAAACUGAUUGUUACAUCUGUACUAAAGCUAAGCCUGAUGUUGCCUGUUUUUGUGCUAAAUACGAUUUUCAGUUGGCAGGAUUGUGAAAAGAGAUUUCGGGCAUACACUCAAAGUCCCAGACCCUGGUGUGAAGCAGAGUGUUUACUGUAUUUAGGUUCACCCUCUUUCUAGGCAUCAGUUGAUUUUUACGCCCACGGGAAGACCAACGUUCAGCGCUGUGAAGACUUAAAUGUCAGAAUAGGACAGAAGAGCGCACUAUUAGGUAUGCCAAAUAAUGCCCCUUUACUUCCAAUUGGUCGUUUUGAAUGUAUUGAGCGCAUGGGUAUGGUGCCCUUAGGUAAAAUCAAGCGCAAGAUCUGCAGCCAUAGAUGGCAGGUCACGACCCUUAACUGCACAAAGCUGCACCUGAAGCCAGCUGUUCUAGUAUCAGGAAUGCUGAGACCAAUACUCGUUGCAGGAUGCCCCUAUUUAGAUCAAACCAUCGCGCUAGCUGACCAUUUCUGGUGGUGUGGAGGUCAGCACCUCUACGCAGUCCUACCUGUGGGAUGGGCUGGCAAGUGCGCUCGGGUGCAAUUGGCACAAGAGAUAAUUACAUUUAAGGGAGAAGAACAAGACAAGAAUGUCAGCAGCAGAAAUAAGCGAAGUUAUCAACCAGAUCCCAGAGUUUACAUCGAUGCCAUUGGACAACCCCGGGGGAUCCCAAACGAAUUCAAAGCUAGGAACGAGAUUGCCUCAGGAUUUGAAUCUAUCCUACCUUGGAUUACUACGUCUAAGAAUACCGAGUGGAUGAACUACAUUUAUUUUUCGUUGCAGAGAUUCAUUAAUUACACAGACGAUGCGUUAGGGGCCCUGGGAGAACAGGACAUACAGCCCCGGAUGGAGCCUUCACUGAGGCAAUGAAGAGACUCAGAACGCUCAGAGUUGAGUUCCUGACUGGAUCCAUAUCGGGCCCGAGGACGGGGAGGACGAGGAGGCGGACGAGGACGGUGCCAACCCAUCAGCGUGAGGACAGAGAGGAAGACUGGAGACGGCCUGAUAUGCACCACAUCUAUCUAUGCACAUAUACUCCACACACAAUUAAAGGCACACUUCUGUUCUGUAAAGUGCCACAGAUUAUCCACAUUGUUCAUGUAUUCACAUUGUUCAUGUACUGCAUUAAUGUUCUUGUAACCAGAAAAAUGACAAAUGUAUGCUGUGGUGUGUAGUAUGGUUUGCCAGUAUGUAUCUGAAUUAAUCUGACACAAUGUAUCAAAGGUUUGUACCACAUGAUGUAUGUUUUUUUGUGUUGUUUUAAGGUGGGGGACCGGAUUCACCUGAAAAGGCAGUUCUCUAAACUAAUUUGGGCGUGAGGUAAAACAGGUGGUUUAAAUUGCAUGGUUUCACUUAGCAUCAUUGCGGUCACCACACUAAGGAUAAAAUAACAGGGUAAGGGUAAGGAGUUUCUGUUAAAACUAGUUGUCCAAUGGUCAUCUAAUUGAAAGCUGAAUAGGGUUAAUUAGGUUAAUUGGUUUUAGCUUUAAUGGACAUUUAUCUGUUCAUUGAGGGGGAAGUUUGUAGUAAAAUUGAUCAUUGCUUAUGAGAGAAGUACAGAGAGUAGAUGGGUUCGUGUGUCCUCAGUGACUGGGGUUAAAGAGUUUGCAUAAAUUGGGUUCGCAGAGUCUGUGUUUGCAGAAUCUGUUGCCUAACAAUGUUUAUCCGAGCUGUUCCUAAGGAAAUAUUCAAAAUGUCACGCCGACCUGGAAAAGGAACUAGGAGGUUGAUGGUGGGCCAGAUGGAUCCGGGAGCUGGACAGAUAACACGGCCCAGCGCCAGGACUUUCCGAGUAGCCGAGAAAAACAUCUACACGUCCUUAUUUGGACAUGUGAAAAGAUUUUAGGUGGUGGUUAAAAGCAGGCCUUCACAGGCUGGGGUUUUCAGAGCGCUUCGCAGAGGGUCCGCUGGUAGCACACAGCUGACCUUUUCCGACCUCUCAGUUAUCUCUGCAGAGGAACAAGCAGGUAAAUUCGGUCUCUGCCUCUCUUGCUAUUACUCUUUUGUAAUCACUAUCUGAUUGUUUUAAUUUGUCAUAUAAUAAACCUGUAUGCUAUUGAUUUAAACUUC